GUUUGGCGCACGCGGCGGGCCAGAUGUUAGCUAAAGUCAGUGGUCAGGUUGCUGUAUGAGUUUGGGACACCUUAAAACACGUUUAGACGCAGCUUAACUGUUUGGCUGUGUACAACAGAAUCCGUUCCGGAGCAGGAACCAAGUAAAACUCCGGGACGAACUCUGGUAACAUCCACUGUUUUACACAACAGUGUUUUAGAGGUGACACGUCAUGGGUAGCUGGUAUUCCUGAAACUGCCAGAAUGUCUUCAGUCCCAGGACUUCCUACGAGAGGAUCAGAUGUAACAGUUCUCAUAACCAGAGUUCACUUGCAUCCAUUAUGUGCACUGGUGGAGUUUUGGGGCAAAUUUAGUCAGGAACAGAUAACCAAUUAUGAGAGUCUAGCCAAAGACAUUCAGUCUCCUGGAGCCACAUUUAAAGACCUGGAGGGAGAUCCUGGUAACCAAUGCUUGGCUCAGAUAGAUGGUACAUGGUACCGAUCACGCAUAGUUUCAAGAGAUGGCUCGAAAUAUAGUGUGUUUCUCAUUGACAAAGGGAUCACUUACACUKCCAACACAAACAAUCUGGCAUGGGGUGAAAAGAAGCAUUUUCAGUUGCCUCCUGAAGUGGAGUUUUGUGUGUUGGCUAAUGUGUUACCACUCUCACCUGAGAACAGAUGGUCUCCAGUGGCUCUUGAAUUUCUCAAAUCUCUCUCUGGAAAGUCUGUGACAGCACAUGUCCAAGAUGUACUGGUCUCACACCGAACAGUUCUCCUGCAAAUCCCUUGCAUAUCUAAACAAAUGUAUGAGAUGGGAUUUGCAAAGAAGUUGUUUCCAGUAGCCUUUCAGGAAUUUGUCAUCAAGUCACUGGAGCCCCACAACGGAGCUGAAACCUCUCCAGAGAUCCUGCAGGUCACCAUGGGAUCAGGGGAGCGUCUAAACAAGCAAGAUCUGUUCAUGUACCCAGAACUGCCGGGGGGAACUGUGGAGACAGUCCUUGUAACAGAAGUGACAAAUCCACUAAGGAUUUUUUGCCAGUUAAAAGUUUUCUCACAAGAGCUAAAGAAACUUUCUGUGAAAAUUACACAGAACUAUGAGGGCAGAGUUUCCAGUUGCAUUAUAAGCCAUGACAUGAUUGGGUUUCCAUGUGCAGCAAGAGGAGGUGAUGGCAAAUGGUACCGUUCUGUCCUACAGCAGGUGUUCCCAACAAAUAACCUGGUGGAAGUAUUGAAUGUUGACUAUGGAACUAAACAAGUAGUUCAAGGGGAGAAUGUGAGGCCACUGACUGCAGAGUUCUUCAGGAUGCCUGUCGUUACAUACAUGUGCUCUCUCCAUGGAAUCAUUGACAAAGGAGUGGGAUGGACAGCCGGCCAAGUUGACUUUCUCAGGUCCCUUCUGUUCUCCAAGACUGUGAUUGCCAAAUUUGAAUACCAAAGUAUUGCUGAGGGAGUUUACUAUGUCACUCUCUAUGGUGACGACAACACAAAUCUUAAUACUUUAUUUGGUUCCAAAGAAAAGUGUUUGCUUGAGUGUGAGAAAGCACUUGGGCAUUAUGCCAUUCAAAGCACCCCAGACAGCCACCAUUUUCUCUCUCAACGAGGACAGAAGAUGUUGACUUUUCAAAUGACUGCAAAACAAAAYGAUGCAAAACCAGCGGAAAGGCCUCUCACCGAAUAUCUUCCUCUGAACUCUUCAAGCCUGGCUACUGUGGAGCACAUAUCCAACCCAUUAGAGUUUUGGAUCCAAACUGAGAACCACAAAACAGAAUUGGAUGAACUGUUUGAAAGGAUGCACCAUCUGUACCAUGACUCAACAAAUAAAUGUGUGGUGGAAAAUCCAACUCUUGGACUUCACUGUGCCGCCCAGGCAGAAGAUGGAGAAUUCUACAGAGCAACUGUAGCAGAGCUAAGUGAGACUCAAGUCACAGUGUUUUUUGUUGAUUAUGGAAACAUGGAAGUGGUUGACAAGAGUAACAUCAGGACCCUCCUUCCUGAGUUCAAAAAGAUGCCACACCUUGCACUGAAAUGCUCCCUGGCAGAUGUUAAACCCAAAGAUGGUAAGUGGAGUCAAAGUGCCUUGGACUUUUUUAUCCAGUCAGUCACAAAAAAAGUACUGAAUGUACAUGUGAAAGCAAAAUACAAUGACAACUAUAUUGUUCAACUAACAGAUUUGAAAGCACAAGGUGAACAAGAUGUUGGUACACAGAUGUGCAGUUUAAGCCUUGCUGAAAGGGCUGAGAUUCAAAGAGAGCCCACUGUAAAAACUGUAAACACUGUAAAAAGUGCCAUAAAGACUUCUGCUACACAGCUUCCAGGUCAUUUUAAAAAUAGUGGAAAUGCUUUCCAGUGCCCACCGAGUUUGACUUGCAAUCAGAGAAAUUUUGCUACCUUUAAGGAAUACAUGUUUCCCAUUGGUAGUGUCCUUGAUGUCAGUGUGUCCUACAUUGAAAGUCCAAAUGACUUCUGGUGCCAGCUGGUACAAAAUGCAGGGUGCUUGAAAUUGCUCAUGCACGACCUACAGGCUCAUUAUGCUGGCAGUGAAUUUGAGCCUAAUGUGGAAAUUGCUUGUGUUGCUCGACACCCUGACAAUGAAAUGUGGUACAGAGCCCUCGUGAUCCACAAACAUGAAACCCCUUAUGUGGACGUGUUGUUUGUCGACUAUGGACAGACCAAAACAGUCUCUGUUUUCGACCUCAGGAAAAUCCGUUCAGAAUACCUCACUCUGCAAGGUCAAGCUUUUCGGUGCAGUCUGUUAAACCUCAUCACUCCCACAUCUGCUAUAAAUGAGUGGAAUGAAGACGCAAAAGUAAGUUUUCAAAACUUUGUGAAAACAGCUGCAUCCAAAUUUAUUAUUUUGAAAUGCACCAUUUAUGCCAUCAUGAACAAUGAAAAGAUGACUCUUUACAAUAUUGUGGAUCUGGAAACUCCUUUUGAAAGUAUCUGCACUACUAUGGCUAAUCUUGUCACAGGCGUCCCUCCCAAGAAAGCCAUUGGGCCAUCUUUCCGACUGGACACGUACUACUAUUCGACGCACAAUGUCAAAACUGGUGCAGAGGAGCAAGUCAUAGUAACGUGUGUAAAUGAUGUCAACCAGUUCUACUGCCACCUCAACAAGAAUGCUGAUGUGACACAAGACCUUCAGAUAAAAGUGAACAGCCUCUGCCAGUCCCUUGAAAAGGUCAAGUUUCCAACAGUCUUUGGAACUUUGUGUUUUGCAAGGUACACUGAUGGACAGUGGUACAGGGCCCAGAUAAAGACCACAAGGCCAGCAAUUCUGGUUCACUUUGUGGAUUAUGGUGACACUAUUGAGGUGGACAAGUCUGACUUGCUCCCUAUUCCGAAAGAGGCAAAUGACAUAAUGUCUGUACCAGUGCAAGCAGUUUUGUGUGGUCUGUCUGACAUUCCUGCUAAUGUUCCCAUUGAGGUGAAUAAAUGGUUUGAGACAUUUGUGGCAGAAUGUCCUUUCCGAGCCCUAAUAGUGGCUAAAGAACCUGAUGGCAAAUUGCUGGUCGAACUGUACCAUGGAAAUACUCAGAUCAAUGCCAAAAUCUUAAGAGAGUUUCAGAUUGAGGUGCAAACAGAAAACCAGGUUGUCUGUCAGGGUCAUAAAGCUCGAGAACCUUCAGCAAACCAUUCACAAAAGUCCCCAAAGGCUUAUCCAAACCAGUCUACAGAGACUGAAGACUAUAAACAUGCUCCAAAAAAGAAAAAUUUCUCAGCCCCAAAGCCCCUAUGUCAAAUUCAGACUAAAGAGAAACUCAUUGAUAUGAACCUGAAGAAGGCACAGAAACCAGAAAAUGGUCAGAAGAUCAGACCAACUCCAAAAGAGCUAUACAAACCUCCACACCAAAGGCAGUGUUAUGGAGCAAUGCUUAAUGUCUGUCAGCAAGCUGCUGAUCAAGUGAAACCAAAAGGAGAAGAAAACUUACCCUUCAAACCCAGAUAUCUCCAAUCACCUGAGACAAAGUCCGAGAGAGAAAACCAUACUGAAAAGCUUCCUAAAUUGUCUGACCUGCCUUCAGAUAACAUCAUUCCUGGUGUGGCAGUGGAUGUUUACGUGUCACAUUGCAACAGCCCCUUGAGUUUUUAUGUGCAAUGUGUCAGCAAAGAGGAUGAAAUAUUUUCCCUGGUGGAAAAGCUUAAUGAUGCAGAAUCAACUGUAAAAGAMAACCUCAGAGAUGUGCAUCCUGGUGACCUCAUUCAAGCAGAGUUUGCAGAAGAUUUGUCAUGGUAUCGCGCUGUUGUAAAAGAAAUCUGUGGAGAUGAAUUGGCCAUUGUUGAGUUUGUAGAUUUUGGAAACUCUGCAUUGACACCAUUUUUCAAAAUGGGCAGACUACACACAUCUCUCUUGCAGUUGCCUGUUUACAGCACACACUGUAUGCUGAGUGAUGCUGCAGUUCUUGGAGAAGAGAGAGUUCUCCAUCCACAAGUGGUGUCUGCAUUCAAGGAAGACAUUGGUUGCUGUGGAGAGAAGGUAUUUAAGUGUCAGUUCAUCAGACAGGUGGGAUCUAUGUGGGAGGUCAAUCUGGAAGAGGAUGGUGUGAAUAUUGUUCCUAAGAUGUCAUCUGGAGGCAGUGAGAUCAUAAAGGAGACACAGGUGAAGGAGCACCCAGCUCAGAUCUUUUACCUCAGGCAAGAGACAGAAAGCACAAUGAAAUCCUCUGUGAACACCUGCUCUCUACAAUACCCACAACAGCAAGACAUUUUAGAGGGCCAGCAGCUAGAGGCCUACAUCACAAUCAUCAACGAUGGUCUUUCGUUCUACGCUCAGUCUGCCAAUUCAGAGGAACUUAACAAGAUAACAAUAAGUGUCUCGGAAGUUGGUAAUACUGCAGAUAAAUGUAUUAAUUUAGAUGCUUUCUCCCCUGGAAGCCCAUGCAUCGCUCUCUUUUCUGAUGAUCAGCUUUGGUAUCGUGCAGAAGUCAUCGACAAAAAUGGAGAAGAGCUGUCUGUUCUUUUUGUGGACUAUGGAAACAUGUCUCAAGUCAGCAAAACCGAUGUCAGAGAAAUGCCACGUUUCUUGGUGGAAAUUCCACCACAGGCAUUUUUGUGUGAACUCGAAGGCUUUGACACUUCAUGUGGAUCCUGGGUCAGCAGUGCUGAAGACACGUUGUCCACACUGACAUCAGACAAACUGUUAAAACUGACUGUCACUAGAGUAGUAAGAUCUGAUAAAAAAAUCAAGUGUUUUGUACACAUGUACUGUAAAAGCCAGGUGAUAAAUGAGGUCAUGAAAACUUGGUGGUUACCCCAUACAACAGCAGAUACAUCUGAAUCAGACAGGCUGAUCACUUUAUCUGAAUCAUCUCCUCAGCUUGACUUAACUGCCAUUGUACCGGAGGAUCCACUAAAGAAUCCUGAUGUGCAAGAUAUGUUCAUUACCGCAACUUGCCUUCACUCUCAGAGUGAGAAUAACGAGGAACAAAGUGCUGAGGAGCUCAGCAUCACUUCUAUGAUAGAUGAGGUCUUUAACUUAGCAGAAAGUCCGAAGCACAGCGAAUGCUCUGACAGUUCGGUUCAGUUUAAGUCUUUUGUCCAGUCCACGGAAGAGGAACAGGAUUCCACUGAGCGGGAUAAUGUAUUACAUGACAUAACCAUCACCAAAGAUUUUUUGCCAUGCACUGGUGAAACAGAAGAAACAAAGUUUCUGUUAGUUGGUAAUAAAGAAGACCAAGAUGCUUUGUACAUAAGCUGUAAAGUGACUGUGGCCACAGGUGAAGGUGCUGAUGAGAUGAGCGCCUCAGAGGUUCAUACUCAAGAGGAAGAUGUUUUUGGUUCUCCACUGAAGGAGAAUUUUCCAGUGUCCAUGGAUGAGCUGAACACUGAAACCUUUGACAUGGAAACUUUGUCUGCUGACAGCUUGGACAAUGAACCGCCUUCUGAUCUGUUUAUUGCAAGUUGUGACAGAAAAGAUGGUUUUCCCAGGGGCAACUCUUCAACAGUGAAAAUGGAUCUUGACGAAAGCUUGCUCACAGAGCAAACCUCCUCUGCAAAGGACAGUUUUGAGGCUCAGCUUUCUAAAAUAACUCACCUCUCUCUGGUGAUCAGAGAUGCUUCGGAUGUCCUGAUCGCUAAGCAGCAGGCAGAGGAGUGACUGCCUCUUUCUUUGUGCAUAAACUUCAAUUUGAAGUUCAUUGAUUACAUUUGUUUUACCAACUAGUCUCUACUGCUCAGUGCAGAUAAGUUUGCUUUGUUGUGUGUGUUGUAUGCACUCAGUUCUUGUGCUCAUUUAUUUUAAUUUGACAAGUUGUUCGUUUUGACMUAAUGUCUACUUUUAUUCAUCUGGUUACAAAUGCCUCUACUCAGAGYUGCUCAAACAUGUCAUUAUUGUUUGUUUUGUUGUUUGAAGUAGAACAAAUCUGUUAUAAGAAGCUGCCACACAUCUUGUUCUGUUAGGCAUUUAAAAUAUUUUAGUUUGAAUGGUAUGCAAAAAAAAAAACCCUGUAUUUGCUUUAUGUGCUUGUUCUGAAGAUAUUUGUGUUGGUCCAAUAAGAAUUCAAGGUUCAUGUUAAA